UUGAUAGGCCAGGUUGGGAUCAGAGAUUCCGAAUCCGAUUGAACCCUACUGGAACUGUGAGGCUGAAAUUUUGUCAACACCUAUAAAGAUUAACCAGUUUCACAUUUUUGGUUGUUUCGCUCCAAUCGCACUCCAGACAUUUGCAGUGAUCGCUACGUCUGUCUCGUCAAGUUAUUAGGGUUUCAUCUAUCAGCCUCUCGAAACACUAGGCUACAGUUAUUGUCAAAUGGAAUCAGUCGAUUCAGCCACACAGCCCCAAUUCUAUCAACAAACCCAACCUCAAACUCUAGAUUUCGAGGCUCAAAACCCCAAUCCUCCUCCUCCGCCUGAAGAGAAUCGUCAGAGUCAGAUCGAGACAGGUAAUGCCCCGAAACUUGAGAUUCAGAAGCCCUUGAUUUCCGAGAACGGUGCCAUCACGAACACGCACAGUGGGCCCGCCGACAAGGACUUCUCUGGAGGUGAAGAGGAGACUUCCAGCCGCCGUCGCCGCCGUAGCAGAUGGGACCCCCAACCAGAUUCCAACAAUAACGAAAACAAUGAUUCUGGUAGCGGCCCCAAGAAGAGGAAGUCGAGAUGGGCGGAUGAUGACCCCAAGCCCCUGAUUCAGCUGCCGGAUUUUAUGAAAGAUUUCACUGGAGGUAUUGAAUUCGACUCUGAGAUCCAAGCUUUGAACAGUAGGCUUUUAGAGAUUAGCCGUAUGUUGCAAGCGGGAAUGCCUUUAGAUGAUAGGCCCGAAGGACAAAGGUCUCCGUCUCCGGAGCCUAUUUAUGAUAAUAUGGGCAUUAGGAUUAAUACUAGGGAAUUUCGUGCAAGAGAGAGACUGAAUAAGGAGAGGCAGGAGAUUAUAUCUAAUAUUAUUAAAAAGAAUCCAGCCUUCAAGCCCCCAGCGGAUUAUAGGCCACCUAAGCUUCAAGAAAAACUUUAUAUACCCAUGAAGGAAUUCCCAGGCUACAAUUUCAUUGGUUUGAUUAUUGGGCCAAGAGGGAAUACCCAGAAGAGAAUGGAGAGGGAGACUGGAUCAAAGAUUGUGAUUAGGGGAAAAGGAUCGGUGAAGGAGGGAAGAUUGCAGCAAAAGAGAGAUUUGAAACCUGACCCUUCAGAAAAUGAGGAUUUGCAUGUUUUAGUUGAGGCUGAAACGCAGGAAUCUCUUGAUGCUGGAGUUGAAAUGGUGAAAAAGUUGUUGCAGCCUGUGGAUGAGGUUUUAAAUGAGCACAAGAGGCAGCAACUUAGGGAGCUUGCUGCACUUAAUGGGACAAUUAGAGACGAGGAGUAUUGCAGAUUAUGUGGGGAGCCUGGUCAUAGGCAGUAUGCUUGUCCUUCUCGUACUUCGACCUUUAAGAGUGAUGUGCUUUGUAAGAUAUGUGGUGAUGGUGGGCACCCAACGAUUGAUUGUCCAGUGAAAGGAACCACUGGGAAGAAAAUGGAUGACGAGUACCUUAACUUUUUGGCUGAGUUAGGUGGAACUGUUCCUGAGUCAGCAACCAAGCAGAAUUCAACAAUGGCGUUAGGGGCAGGCGGUUCUGGAAGCAAUCCUCCGUGGACCAAUAAUGCCAGUGGUGCUGGGAUUGGUUCACAAAGUGGCUUGGGUGCAAAUGGAUUUAAUCCCACAAAGGAAUAUGAUGAUACUAAUUUGUACAUUGGGUACUUGCCACCUACUCUUGAGGACGAUGGUUUGAUCAGGCUAUUUUCAACCUUCGGUGAUAUUGUGAUGGCUAAGGUUAUUAAGGACCGGGUUACGGGAUUGAGCAAAGGUUAUGGUUUUGUGAAGUAUGCCGAUGUUCAAAUGGCCAAUAAUGCAAUUGUAAGCAUGAAUGGUUAUCGCCUUGAAGGCCGUACAAUUGCUGUCAGAGUUGCUGGUAAGCCGCCUCAGCCCGCUGUGCCUCCAGGCCCACCAGCUUCAGCUGUGCCUACUUACCCUGCAUCAAGUCAACCAGCUGGUGCCUAUCCAUCUCAGCAGUUUGCACCAGGUGGUCCUCUUCCAAAUGCUCCACCCACCAGCUAUGCUGCGACUCCUGUUCCUUGGGGACCACCAGUUCCACCUUCUUAUGCUCCUUAUGCUCCUCCUCCUCCUCCUCCUGUAUCAAGCAUGUAUCCUCCUUUCCCUGGUCAACUGAUGCCACCUUAUGGUGUACAAUAUCCUCCGCAAGUGCAGACAGCGCCACCUGGUGCUCCCCAAACUAUGACAUCUAGUGAAGCUCAUCAAAGUCACCCACCAGGAGUGCAAUCUGGAAACAGCAGUUCUGCUCCAUCUGUACCAGCAAAUAUAUAUGGGAACUCUGUGGCUUCAAUGCCAUUGAAUACUCAACCUGCAUAUCCAACUACUUCACUAGGUUACUCAUCGUAUUACAGCGCAGUUCCUCCUCCUCCUCCUGCACCUGCCUCAGCAACUGAUAAUUCACAGGGCAUAAAUAAUCUGCCAUGGGCCCCUACUCCUGUGGUGCCCCCUCCUGCUACUUCGGCUGAGAAGGCGAACAAUGGUGCCGAUGCUGAGUAUGAGAAGUUCAUGGCAGAGAUGAAAUGAUGCGGGUCUUUUUCAGUAUUACGUUCAAGUUUAGAGGACUGAUGUUUCUUGGAGCUUAUGAUCCUGAUUUCUUACCUCUUGCCAUGAAUUUGUUGGAAGUUUGGGACUCACAACUUUAACAUUGCUGUACUGUUAUGACAUUUGCAGAGAUUUGGUUAGAAGCUCAUACUUUCAGAUUCUGAAGAGGACAUGCCAAAGCUUAUAAAUAUGAAUAUUACUAUUUGACACUCCAAUAUAAGACUUUGUUGUGGUUUCUUGUGGAUGCCUUUUGCCUCUGUUAUAAUGUUUUGCUUCUUUUUCAAUUUCUAGUUCAUUUAUGAACUUCCUGGAAGUGUGGAACAACUUCCUGCUGACAUUUUUGCUGUUAUGUUUUGUUUUAUUGGGGAUUGUUUAACCAUUUGCUGCUUGAUUGUGUUAGCCACUUAGCCUAUACUUGUACCUUUGGAGAUAAACCUCUUUAGUUGUGAGCUUAAUUGAGUUUCCUUAGCCGACAUAUUCCUGAAAGCUUCUCUGGCAUGCUUUCCUCGUUCUCCUGUUCAGAAGGUAAUCUUGAAAUCCUGUCAUUCAGGUUAUGGGCAGAAAGUUAUGAUUUAUGAUUUGUGGAUUGGUUUUUGCUCUUCCUAUUUGUCUACUAUGUUAUUCUGAUUUUUCUUUGGAGUUUAUGUGGCAGGUGGAAGAAUCAUAGUUGCAUUGAUUCUCCUGAUAAUUUGUCAAAACUAAUGCUUACCUUCUGUACAAUUUAUAUUUACCUUAUCAUUUAUUUAGAAAAUAGCGUAGAGGGGUCAAAUUGAAUAAUAGUGUUGAUUGUUAUCUUCUUACAUUGGAAAAUUUGUUUCUGCUUAUGGUAAGGAUGGUGACAGCUGUUUCAUAGCUGCCUUAUUAAUUGAUCUUUUCAGUCAUUCAGUGUUUUACUAGGCAGAAGUGUGAGUACGAGGGUACAGGAGAACAUGGCUUUGCAUGUAGGUAUUAGAUCAUUUGCUUUAUUUUUUUUAUUUUUUGUUUUAGUACUAUGUUAAAAACACUUGGUUUCUGGUAUUUUUUCGAGUGUUGUCAAACUAUACGCCAAGUAAAGUGGAAUUCAUACCAUAGAAGGCUUUGACUUAGUGUCUGUGCAUCUUCUUUUUUAAAUGCAAAACAAGUCUUAUUGAGAUGGGGGACCAACUGACCAAGAAGGUGAAAUCCCAGAAAUGAGGAUACUAAGGAAGUCACAUAACUAAAACAGAACAGAAAAUUCAGUUUGUAUCACUUGGAUUUACAAGGACUUUGUGUGCAAUUUCCCUUUACUACUGAUCUAUAGUACUUUCAUCUUGAUUCGUAUCACACUAUCACCUUUGAUAAGACUUUGUAUGCUGUCAGAUGCUUUAGUUGCGGGGAUGACUGGCAUUUAUGGGAUCAUUGCUAUAGGAAUAUACCUGUCCUUUAGGGCAUCAAUAUAGGGUGCCUCAAAAGCACCCAUUAUUUUAUUUCUUCCCUUACAUGCCUCUAUGGCUCUGUCAAUUGUUGUUUGCCUUUCCGCAUUAAAUGAUAGUACUAGACUACUAGUUUCAUUAUGCAUUACAUGCCUGCACUUUGAAAAUAUACUGACUGUUGUUAAUCUGCAUACAUGGGACAGAAGAGUGUAUUCCCUAAUAUUUUGGUGAGAAUUAUGGUAAUCAAGGUCAACUUAGUGUUUUUGAAUAUCUCAGUAAAAGACGUAUUUUUGAGUAUGCGGUUGCAUUGGAGGAUGAAUACUGGACAGGUGCUUUCUUUUUAUGCGUGAGCACUCUUUUCAAUAGAACUAAAAAUAUAGGAAAAUUUUGAUAUCUUACUCCGCAUCAUGAUGAAACUAUUAAUUUCUAUUUAUUGUCGUGCUUUUUCAAAAAAAAAUUAUUCCGUUAAUAAUUAAUCUUCAAUUUACUAGUUGCCGGUCAUCUGUUUUGUGUUUUGCUUGAUUGUCGCCCACCCUCCCAAGGCCCUCUCUUGUCAAUUCAAUAUGAUUUAUUUGUUGGUGGAGGCAAUACUUCUCCUUUAAUUGGAGAAUAUCUAUUAUUAAGAAUUUGAUAUUAUUGCCUAUAGCUAUUGGGAGUGGUUUGCAAAUAAUUGGGAUCAAUUGUUUGCGUUGGGUAGUCCAGUUUUCUUGGCAAAAGUAAUCCGUUGCAGUUACAGAUAUCUUAUUAACAUUCUCAUUUGGAGCAUAUAUUUCAUGCUAUUGUGAGUUAUUGACAAAUUUUCCAGGUUAUAAACUACUGUUUAUUUGCAUUUUAUGAUUGUGUAGCUUUCCACUGAGGAAGUUUUUUUUCUCAUGAGUUCCUGAACAAUCGUACUGUUUCCAUUUCCUUGUUGUUUUUAACCCCCUGCUAACAUGGUUGUGCACAAGUUGGUCAGGAUUUACUUCUUUGAGAUGCUAUGAAGUUUGCAAGUUGUGUAGAUCUCACAGACUCUGUGGGUCCCCAUCAGAGAAGAUUUUUGGUGCGCGGCUAAUAUAGAUUCCUUUAAUAACUUUAAUCCAGAAUUUCUUGUUCCAGCAUAGGUGUACCGCUUGGAAUCCCAGUCUUGGACUCUUGUAUGCGCACGGCUUUGUUAUUUAAGGAGCUAUUUUUCUUCUGUUGGUUUGGGUUGUGAUAGCUCUGAGUUAGUUUAUGUGGUUUUUGCUACUUUUGUCUCAUAAUAUUUUUUCCGCUGUGUUCUUGCGCAUAUUAUCUGGUUUCAUUUGU